CUAAAUGGCGGCGACGAGCACGUUGGUGCCCUGGAUGGACGUCUCGUACGCCUCAGCGACCAGCUCGGUCGGAUCGCGCACCCCCGUGCCACCAUGCCGCGCCGGCAGCAGCAUGAUCGUGGCCUCGGUCUUGUCGAUGGUCUUGCCACAGAGGCCGGGCAGGUACGUCGUGGCGAGUAGGUGGUGAAGGGGCUUGAAGAUCUGCUUCUCCUCGGAGAUGACGCGCAUGACGAAGUCCCACUCGGCCUGCAGCGACUUGGUCAUGAUGGCGUGGGCCUGCUGCGGGCGCUUGGUCGCGGUACGUGCGACGUCCUUGAUGCACUCCUCCCACCGCUCCACCUUCUGCUGCACAUACGCGUGGCGGCCCUCCCUUGUGUCGAUGUAGCCGCCCAGGUAUCCGCUGCCUGUCGUGAUGGUCAGCCCCUCCACCCCCUCAAACACCUCUCGCGCCCUCUCCUCUAACCCCUCCCGCACCACCAAGAUGGUCUUGUCCGCGGUGGGAAAGUAGCCGUACGGCGGCCCCCUCUCACCGAGCUUGUCCCACCACUCCCGCGCCCGCUCGAAGGAGCUGCACUUGGACGAGUCGUCUGCGAACCACAGCUGUGGCCCCUGCUCUGCUGGCUCCUUGAGACUGCGGAUGAGUGGCAGGGUGCCGGCGGCGUACAUCGGCAUGGCCAUCGGGUCGCCCUGCGUGGUCCCCUCCUGACUCCACAGCGGCUCCUUCUCGCCCCUCAGGUAGAGCGCAGCGUGGCCCUGGUAGGUGUUGAACAGGAACCGGGACGCACGUGGCCACAAGUGCCGGGCAUUCCAGAGCGCUGCAGGACGACUGAGGUUGUUGAAGGCGUUCUUCGCGUCCACCCCCAGCACACACUCCGCCUCCCCCUCACCACAAUCAAACAGGCCGCUCACGGCAUGAAUCGCCGCCUCUAUGCCCCCCUUCAGGCCCGCACACAGCUGGUCCUCGCCGCACUCUCUCUCCAAGUCGAAUGCGGUCUCCAUGCUCAUCGCCUUGCCCAUGAUGCGCAUGAGGACCUCAUGCAAACCAUACAUACGACCGCCCUUGGAAGAAUGAGGAUAUUCGAGGCGACUCUUGUCCCAAAUGUCCGAGCUCUAGUAGAACCAACACGACAUCAAACUUUACCGGAUCCAUACCAGCCUAUGCUCCGUAUUCAUACAAAGAAAACAAAUACCCUAUCCCGUGGAAG